CCACCCACCCUGGCAUUCUGCGUAUAAAAUGCCACACCCUUAGGAUGGGAUGAUCCAGAGCGUUCAAACGGCAUCGCAGCAUCCCGAGCACUGCAGAGCAUCACCAUGGUAUCGGCCGUAGCUGUCCUCUGCCUGGUGGCUGGCUUACUCGAAGGAGCCUUUUCUUUGUCCUGCUAUCACUGUGACGACAUAGGGAAGGAUUGUACCCAAAAUGAAAAAAAGUGUGAAAAAGCCCAUGAUACGUGCAUCGCCAACAUCACUGAGAUCUACACACAAGGUAAACCAGUGACAAAGCGGAUCGUCAAAUCAUGCGGAACCAAGGACAUGUGCAACACCACAUAUAGCCUGUCCCUGAACGGCACUAACCUGUACGCCGUCAUCCAGUGCUGCACUAGCAAAGAAAAAUGCCAAUUAACUGACGUACCAAAAACCACGACCGUAAAUAAGGUUGAGUGCGAUACAUGCUAUGAAGCCAACAGCAACAAAUGCAAAAACCCAAGCAAAAUCAAGUGCACUGGAGAUGAGAAGAAGUGUGCAACCUACACUAGCAAAGACAAGGAAAAAAACAAAUAUGUAUUCCAAGUCUGUGCCACCGAAAACAUGUGCACAAUGCAGGACAUCUCUACCCUGCCCUUUGAACAUACCCUGUUGACAAAAUUUGACUGUGCCAACCAUGCGCCGUCCAUGUUGCCUGGUCUGUUGUUUCCUGUCGCCAUCCUCAUUGCGAUGCUCAAACUGCUAUCGUAAUAUUCAUCAACCCUUCCCUAUCUUCCGCAAAAGAAAAAAAGUCCAUUCCUAUGGGGACUUCAUGUGGAUCCUUCCCGGGUAAGAUUGCAUUGCGGAGAUGUACCCACAGUAUACAAGCAGGGCAAUGCAUGUUUAACCGCUGUGUAUUUGCAAAGCCAGGUAUAUCUAUAUAACAGCUCGGAUUCAUUUAUACACGUAUGUUACACCUAUGUGCAGAACAAUGUUGACCUAUAUUCCAAAGCAGACAAACUUGUACAGUAUAUGGGAAAUCAUACUACUACAUGGUUCAUGUGCAACAGUAACUGCAUGGCUACAAUAGUGCUGAAAAAGCUAACCGGACACAUUAUUACGGCUUCUGAGGUGACCACUUUGCAAACAACGCCCUGCCACCAUAGUAGAUAGCAAGUGAUAGAAUCCAAACAGCCAAAUAAUAGGAUGCCCUAGCCUUUACUGUGCAAGGUAAUAAAGAGUCAUAAGAAAACCAUGACUCUUUAGAGUUGGGUCACCCAGGACUCUCCAGCUAUUCUAGGACUGCACACCUCAGAAGUCCUCCAAUAUGACAACAGCUGAAUGGUCCCAGCAGGCUCUUGUCUGGUUGGCUGAGCAUGAUGGGACUCGUAGUUCCUUAGACAUACCGCCAGGUUGGCAAAGUGAUUUGCUGACCUGGGGGAUGCGUCUUAUGUAUGGUUGCGUACACUUAUACUGCUAUCACCAUGAUUCGCUGUGGUUUUUGAAAUGUUGCUGUAAUUGCAUUUCGCUGUUUGUUUUAUCUUCCUUAUUGGAACAAUAAAUGAAAUUACUAAUAAACACGUUUUUAAGUAAA